UACAAAAAUUAAUUUUUUAAAAUAAAAAAAAGAAAAAAAAAGCUUAUCAACAUUUUCUCUCUCUUAAGGAAGAAUAACCUAUUGGAAUGGAUGCUUGUAUAUCCAAUGGCGUAGAUGAUGCUGAUUCUAAAUCUUCCUGUAACUCCCUAUCCAACGGAGUUUCAACUAGCGAAAAUGGUUUGAUAGAACCAACUAUGCUCAUGGAGUUGCUAACUUCAUUGGACUUGGAUUUAGCAUACUUUUCUGAGAAGCUGGUAAACUUAGAUCUUUAUAUGACAAUUGUUUCCCUUGGAGAGAUCGGACUUGGAGAGUUGUCCAUGCAGAACAGCAAAAUCUCGGAAGUAGAAAUUGAGAAGGCUCUGAUCUUUGAUCUUUCUUUUGAAUAUCUAGAUUCCGAGGUCACCAAGUUGGGGAAUUUCUUAGAAGUCCUUCAAGCCAAGAUCAAUGAUGCACAUCAGAAGAUAUGUUUAUUUAAACUAAGAAGAGAUAUAUUUACUAUCUUCCAAGGAAAAUUGCAGGAUUCUGAAAAUUCCUGGAAGCAUUUACAGGAGCAACUUUUAGAGUUGAAGAGGCAAUUGGCAAAAUUUCACAAAACACUCUCAUCUUUUCGCGAGAAAAGUACAUAUUCGAUUGAACACGAGGAUCUGGAGAGGUCACAUUAUGAUUUGCAGAAUGCAGGGCAGCAAAGACUUGUGCUAAGCAUGUUGGAAAAAUCUUUUGCUACAGAACUCAAUCUUGAGAAACGAUUACUAGAAUUGAAAAAACGGGAGGAAGAGCUGGAAUCGGAACUCUCACUAACAAAUGAAGCUGCCUCGGGCAUGGAAGCAUUUUUAGGAGUUGCUUUAGAGAGACUGUUAGAAGUAGAACAUUCUUCCCAGGUAUUUAUGGGGAUUGCAAAGGAAAUGAUGUCGAGACUCCAAAUCUACGAGUUUAAUAUGCAUUGCUCAGUUCAGAGAGAAGAGGAGUUGAAAUCCAAGCUUGAAAAUAGCUUAGAACAACUGAAAAAGAAAGAUAAGUUGGAGCAGAAAAUAGAAGAGCUUGAAAAGAAGCUGCAAGCUUCUGAGUCAAAGUUACAAGAGGUGAAUGCCUCUUAUGAAGCAAGUCAGGAGCAACUUUCGGAGAUGGAAGACGCUACUGAAGCUUUAAGAGAACACGCUAUUAUGGCAGAAACUAGGGCUCAUGAUGCAGAAGAGAAAUUAGCCACUUUAACAGAAGAGAAUGUAGAGCUCAGAGAAGAAGUGGUUUUCCUUAAAGCUGGUGAUAGCAACGAAGAGAAGAUAACUGUUCUAGAGAAAAAGGUGAGAGAGUUGGAAGUUAAACUGCAAACUUCAAAGACUUUCGCUGAUGCCAGUCAAGAGCAGCAAAAUAUGCUGUACACAGCAAUCUGGGAUAUGGAAACAUUGAUCGAGGAGCUAAAAUCGAAGUUCUCAAAAGCUGAGAGUAAGGCAGAGAAUGCAGAAAAGCAGUGCCUAGAAUUAGCAGAAACCAACAUAGAACUAAACAAAGAAAAAGGCAAUCUUAAGUCCGAAAAUGAAAAAUUGGUGGAAAGUCUGAAAGUUGCUAACAAAAUGAAAGUAGCCAGGGCAAAGGAAAUUAGUGACGGGGCAAAGCUUAUUACUGACAUGGUUAUGCAGCUGGAAACUGAAAGAACGAGGGUUCAAAAGCAGCUAUCUUCUUUAGCAAGAGAAAACACCAUAUUGUUGGAAGAGUUGCGCAAGAUGAGAAGGAACUUACUCAAGGCUAAUCAAAUCAACAAAGGCGAUGUUGACAGAAAAGAGAUGGAGUCUAACAUAUAUAAGACUGCUAAUGGUAUCACCACAACACUCUCAACUACAGAGGAGGUAGUGGAGACUCCAACUUCUACCACUGCCAGUAACCAGUUAGAUGAGCCAUCAGAAGAGAACAACACAGAUGAAGCUGCAGGUUCUUUCAAAUUUGAUGCUGUUGCUGCCAAUUGCACAAACCAUGAUGAAGCAGAAACUGCUGGUUCUUCCAAAUGUGUUGAUGAUGCUGCGGUUUCUGUUGCUGUCAAUUAUAAAGACCGUUACAACGCAGAAGCUGCAGGCUCCUCCAAAUAUAAUGAUGAUGCUGCAGCUUCUGUUGCUUCUAACCAUGAAGAUGCCACUGAUUGUAUUCUCCAAGACAAUGGCAGCAAGAUGAAGAAUAAGUAUAUUACGAAGAAGUCUUUCUUCUUUACCGCAGUUUUUUUUUCAGUGCUGUCUUAUGUAGUUAUGUACAUCAAUUGGCAAGACAUGUAUUUUAUUAUUAUGAGACUUCAACAUCUAAACUUCCAAUAGAUAAAGUGCAUAGUCCUUUUUUAUUCUCUGGGUUAGUUUGUUCUGUAACAAUUUUGUAUGUAAUUGUUGAGUGUAGGAGCAUGUAGAAGAGAUGAUCAAUUGUGUUUGGAAAUUCUUUGAAUGUUGUAUAUUAGAUUUUAUAAGACCAUAGAAAUGUAUAGACAUGUAAUGAUGUAAAUUAUAGAUAGGUAUGUAAAAACACUGAAAUUAUUAUUUGAUUGAUAUGUUAUGAUGGAAAAUUUUUCCUUUUGGGA